UUUUGCAUUACAGAAUUUACUUACCUCAAUCUAUGAUGGCUGGCGGGAUCUCAUGGACAACAAAUCCGAUCCUAGAACGAGAGAUUGGUUCCUGAUGAGUUCACCAUUUCCCACAAUUGCCAUUAGUAUAACAUAUGCAUAUAUAGUUAAGAUUUUGGGUCCAAAAUUGAUGGAAAACAGAAAACCCUUUGAAUUGCGCAAAGUUUUAGUGGUAUACAAUUUCCUACAAGUUUUAUUCAGCAUGUACCUGUUCUACGAGGCAUCAAUUGGUGGCUGGCUAAAUGGUUAUAGUUUCAGUUGUGAACCUGUCGAUUAUUCAUAUUCACCCAAAGCAAUUAGGACGGCGCGUGGUUGCUGGUGGUAUUUCUUUUCAAAAUUCACCGAAUUCUUUGAUACAUUCUUCUUUGUGAUGCGUAAACGUUACGAUCAAGUCUCGACUCUGCACGUGAUUCAUCAUGGUAUUAUGCCCGUGUCGGUAUGGUGGGGUGUUAAAUUUACUCCUGGCGGUCAUUCGACAUUCUUCGGUUUCUUGAACACCUUCGUUCACAUUAUUAUGUAUACCUAUUAUAUGUUGGCUGCCAUGGGACCCAAAGUACAAAAAUAUUUGUGGUGGAAGAAAUAUUUGACCGUCUUGCAAAUGGUACAAUUCGUUUUGGUUAUGAUCCAUUCAUUCCAGUUGUUCUUCAGAAACGAUUGCAAUUAUCCAAUUGGUUUUGCCUAUUUCAUUGGUGCACAUGCUGUUAUGUUCUAUUUCUUGUUCUCUGAUUUCUAUAAGAAGUCCUAUUUGAGAAGAGAUGCUAAGGUAAGUUGAAAAA